AUGCCAGAACCGCGACCGAAAUGCGUAAAAAAGGUGCUACAUGCCGGUAGAGGUACUGUCCCUGAAUAUCGUACGGGUACGAAGGCCGUCUUUCAUUAUGAAACGUUAAAACCCAAAGAUCCGGUGAAGCCAGAAGUAGGAAUGCCAGAAAACAGGGACGAUUAUGACAUCAUAGAUAACACACGACAAGGCUGGCCCCAUGGUUACGGCAAGCCUUUAGAACUGAUAUUUGGCAAAAAGUUUCAAUUGCCUAUUUUUGAAACUUGUCUGCGAUCAAUGCUUGUGGACGAGGUAUCCCAAUUUGAUGUUGAGCUCACCGAACUGUGCACUUAUCCAAUGGUUUCGAAGAAAUUGCGAGAUCUUGUCAAACCGAACGAGCAUGGUCACUCUCAUGCUCAUGAGCACAUGUGUGCAGCCGCGCUAUCAGCUGGAACUGGAUAUCAGGAACUAGACGACUUGAUGAGAGAUCCCCGUCCUCUCCGAUUCAUAUUUCACCUCUUAUCGGUCACACAACCAGAACAGUAUGAAGCAGAAGGCUGGCAGCUUACAUCAGAAGAAAAGAUUCAGUCUGUGGAGACCCUGCGAUUGCAGGGAAACAAGCUAUUUGCAGAGAAAGAGUAUGAAGAUGCCAUAGAAAAAUAUCGAGAAGCUUUGGGAAGAUUAGAUACUUUGAUACUCAGAGAGAAACCAGGUGAACCAGAAUGGGAGGAAUUGGAU